AAUUAAAGUAGAUCGGAUCGAAAUGAAGACGCUUAUAAACGACCUUCGUUAUAAAUAUAUUUUUGACGAUAUUGCUAUUUUGUUCUCCAAAAAAAAGAGAAUUAUUACUAACGCCAAUUACAGAUGACACAGAUGAUGGAUCGUCAUAACAAGGUAGAGAAGGUGAGUAGCAACAAAUACCUUCAACUAAAACCAGAUGAAGCAAGUGUUUUGGAUCUCCUACGUAUUCUCUUCUCCGGCAACCUUAAAAGCAAAGAAUUCAUCGAAAGUUUGAGAGUGAAAGAGACAGCAUUCGAGCGUCGAGGAUACAUCUUUCUCUCCGUCUCCGUCCAAAAAGCUCUUCGGUUCAUUUCAAGGCCUCUCUUCUUUUGCGGUUCAAUUUCAGAGUUCUGCCUAAAUCUUCUUGCUCGUAACCAAAGCCUUCCUACAUUGUUAUUAAGAAUCUUGCAAGGGAAGGUAGUGAUGCCAGAAAAAGAGUCAGCCAGCUAUCUAUCCGCUAUUGGAUUUAUAGACCCGAGAGUGGAUUGUCACAACAAGUUCAAACCAUGGGAUAAAACAUAUGUUGUUGCACUUUCUGCAAUUGCAUCAAAAAUAGCCUACGAGAAUAAAGCCUUCAUCCGAGCUACUGUUGAAGAUCAAUGGAAGAUGGAGUUACUGGGUGCGUACGAUUUUUGGAACGAGUAUCACCAAACAAAAUCGACUCAAGGCUUCAUGUUUCAUGAUAAAACAAGCAGUCCAGAUAGAAUUAUUGUGGCAUUUAGAGGUACUGAACCCUUCAAUUCAGAUGAUUGGAGUACAGAUUUCGACAUAUCUUGGUACAAAUUCCACAGCAUCGGCAAAGUCCACAGCGGUUUCAUGAAGGCUAUGGGCUUACAGAAAGAUGAAAGUUGGCCUGCCAAUAUACCACAAGAUGACCAACACCCAGUAGCAUAUUACACUAUCAGGGAAAAACUAAGAGACUACUUUGAGAAAAAUAACAAAACCAAAUUUGUUCUAACAGGACACAGCUUAGGUGGUGCACUCGCACUUCUUUUUGCAGCGGUUCUAGCAUUCCACAAUGAGGCUAUUAUACUAGAAAGAUUGGAAGCAAUUUACACAUUUGGGCAGCCAAGGGUAGGUGAUGGCGAGUUCGGGGACUUCAUGAAGGAACAAUUCAAGAACUAUGGCAUUGAAUAUUAUAGAUUCGUUUACAGUCAUGAUAUUGUUACCAGGUUGCCUUAUGAUAACACUAGCCUGCAUUUUAAGCACUUUGGAACAUGCCUUUACUAUAGCAGCAUAUAUGAAGGAAAGAUCGUUUCAGAAGAACCAGACAGAAAUUACUUUUCUCUGAGAUCACUAAUAUCAAAGAGGGUGGAUGCAUUGUGGGAAUUGGUGAGAAGCUUUCUUCUUCCAUAUCUGUAUGGAACAGAAUACAGAGAAAGCUUGCUUCUUCAAGCACUUAGGUUGUAUGGACUCCUAUUUCCGGGCAUGCCGGCUCAUGGUCCCCCUGAGUAUAUUAAUGCAAUUUGUUUGGGCGAUGCUACUUUAUUUAAAGCUCCUAGAUGACCUACAUGAUUCUCAUCCACUUUGAUAUCUUAGUGCAAAAAAUGAAUAUUGUUCCUCCAAUUGAUCAAGAAUUGUUCCAUUGAA